GAGGAUAACACGACAGAAUGUCAUGUAGGCUCACUUUAAGGCCCAUUUCCUCGGAGAAAAUAACAAGGGACGGAUAAAAGUAAAAGUUCCAUGAGGGAGUUUUCCCGUGAAUUAAUCACACUAACUUAACAUGGAAAGUUCAAUCAAAGAAUUAAUUAUGCUAUCUAACUUAACAAUAAUUUUCAAUAUAUUCACCUGAGUUACAGCAGAGUUUUCAGACAUCUUAAUGUUCCCAAAGAUAUUUCCUUUAAGCGAAGUUCGAAAUAUUCGAGCGGAAAAAUAUAGCCCUGUGUAUUGCUAGAAACUAUCCAACCAGAAUGCCGGAACUAGUCUCAAAGCUCUUUACAAAAAUGUUUUACAAAACGUUACAAGUUAUCGAAUACAAAAAUGAACAGAAAGCUACAUAAAGAAGUUAUAUAAAUAAUGAAUAACACCUCAGAAUAAGAAAAGGGAUGUUGAUCGAUCAUUUCGUAGGUUUUUUUAAAAGAAACCAAUUUUGAGUCCUCGAGAUUAGGCAACAUGGCGGCCAUUGUAAACAAAUAAUUAAAUUUUGGAUCAAAAUUACAUUUUUACGUGUUCCUACGAAAGUAAUUGAUGGAUCAACAAACCUGGAAAGAAUAAAGAAAUCGGAAGGUAAAUAUAAUGGAUUCAAAGAGCGGAAAGACUAUAACUCCCAACCAUUUGCAAGAAAAAUAAAGAUUGAAAUUGAAAAUAAAUUACCGGGUUUUUACAAUAUCCCCCCUUUAGUUUGUUCGACCCCGAACAAAUAAUUGAAUUUGGUGAUAAUAAAAGAAAACCCAGGGAAUUUAGUUUCGAGUUACACUGUAACUGGUAAUGUCUCUUAAUUAUGAAAUGUCUCUCAUGAUUGAUAUUGAAUGUCACAUGUUUUAAUUGUGUUUCUUCAUUGAGUAGUCAACAGGCAUGAAUUGUUGGCCAUCUGGUAUUAGCGUCGAAAACAGGUCCCCUGGAGUGGCAGCGGGAUACCAUCCUUUUCCAUAUAAGACUUUACUUCUCCUGUCAUCAACGUCUGAUCGCUGGUACUGCGUUUCACUGUUUGUCGUGCCCUUCAUAUAAUAGGAUUGCCUCUUCCAUUUGAGUGAAGAUUUCACGAGAAGUUUUCCACCACUUGGCCGCGAGAUCUCCUCAUCAGGUAUUUCUAGCUGGAUUAUAUCCUGAGGUUUAACAUUUAGUUCCUCAUCCAAGGUCUGCUCUUCUGAAGACUUGGUGGCCUUCUGGAUGUCUUCCAGAGUCAGUCUAUUAAUGGUGACUCUCAGGCUUUUAGAACCCAACUUAGGACGUUUGGACUUAGCAGCAUCAGUGGUCACCACCUUCCUUUUCUUCCCAGUUGAGCUAGGAGACUGGGUUGCGGCAGAUUUGAUGGGCUCUUUGAUGAAUCCAAUUUUUGAGGGAACUAGUUCUAGGGUCCCUGAAGAUGAGUGUUGUCCAGAUGUUGAUGUUCCAAGCUUGGAUGGAUUAGGAGAGGAAGGCGACAAGGACUUUGAUGAUGACUGGUGUGGUUUUGUUGAAGGGCGUUUGAGAGAUGCGGACAGUUUGGAUGAGGUUUUUGAAGUCGAGAUCUUCGGGAUCUUUAUAGAAGAAGAGGGGUAUGAUGAUCGGCCAUGCGAUACUGAUGAUUUUGACGCAGAAACAGAUGAAGAUGAUACUAGAACCUUUGAUUGUUUAUCUGAUGGUCGGCCACGAGUCGCAGAUAAUGUAGCAGAUGAGGAUGAAACUGAUGGUACCUUAUGUGACUUCCCAGGCUGGUAUGAUGACGAUGUUCGGCCAUUGGACAAAGAUGGCUCAGCUGUCCAAGAUGAGAAUGAUGCCCUCUUUGUUGGCUUCACAGAUGAGGACUGGAACGACCUUGAUGAGGAUGAUCGGUCAUUGGACAAAGAUGGCUCAGUUGUCCAAGAUGAGAAUGAUGCCCUCUUUGUUGGCUGCACAGAUGAAGACUGGAACGACCUUGAUGACGAUGAUCGGCCUUUGGAAAAAGAUGGCUCAGCUGACGAAGAUGAAUGGCGCCCAUAAUUCCUGUCCUUCUUAUGUCUUCUGGCGUGAGCCUUUACAUCAGCUUUAUGGUCGAAGUGGCGACCACAGUAAUGGCAGGUGUAGUUCUUCCGUUGGUCAACCUCCAGGACUACACCAUGGAAGGAUUCUUGGUGACGUCUCAACGAAGCCUCACUUUCGCAACGCCUCCCACAGAGCUUCCUGUCAACUAUGGCUCCACAGAUGUAGACCUGUAACAAUACAAAUAGAGAGUGGCUUUCACUAAACAAUGUAAAUUUAAGGUUUAUGAUGUAUCAUAGUCCUUCAGCCAGGCAGGCUUGCAUCUGGUCCUCCUGGUGGUUCUCCUCUCUGGCACAUCUACCUGUAUGGGAUCAAACUCUGUAGGAACGGGUGAUGGAGUGGUAUUUGGAAGUGUGAUGUUGUCAGAGUGUUUUGGAGUGGUGGAGAAAGAAUUGUUUGCAUUGUUAGCUUUAGGAGUCAAAGGUUCAGGGUUAGUGAGUUCAGAUAGAUGGUUAGAGAUCCAAUCAGGCACCUUCCCAAAGUACUGCUUGAGGCGAUUUGAGUGUACAACCUUGCACGGCCCAUUAGUUCCC